UCGUUCCCUCUUCCUCUCUACAGCCCUAUGACUGUGCGAAAGGGAAAACGCCUGGGCAUCUCCAUCCAGGAGCACAUGGCCAUCGACGUCUGUCCCGGCCCGAUCCGCCCCAUCCGUCAAAUCUCGGCCUACUUCCCUCGGCUCUCGCCCACCUCCUCCAUCUCUGAGCCGCUCUCGCCCAAUCUGCCGGGGUUUCCCACUGUGCUCGGGCCUGGCGGCACAGGCCAAGUGGAGGGGGCUGCAGGGGGGGGAGGAGGAGGAGGAGGUGGAGGUGGCGGAGUGGAGGGCAGCGGCCUGUUAUCGCCACUGUUACCAGGGGCAGCGGGCGGAGGGGGCUCACUGUCAGCCAUGAGCAGUAUGGACACCUCCAUUGAGAUCGACAGCUGUGACAGCGAUGAUAACACCUCCUUGGGGACGCUGGAGUUUGACCUCCUGUAUGAGAGAGCGACCAGCUCCUUACACUGCACAGUCCUGAGAGCUAAGGGUCUGAAGCCGAUGGAUUUCAACGGCUUGGCCGACCCCUAUGUCAAGUUGCACCUGCUCCCAGGAGCCUGCAAGGCCAAUAAGCUGAAGACCAAGAUUGUCCGCAACACUCUCAACCCGGUGUGGAAUGAGACGCUCACCUACUGCGGCAUCACAGAGGAAGACAUGUACCGCAAAACCCUCCGGGUGUCGGUGUGCGACGAGGACAAGCUGACGCAUAAUGAGUUCAUCGGGGAGUCGCGGGUGGCCCUGCGCCGCGUGAAGCCGGACCAGACCAAACACUUUAACAUCUGUCUGGAGCACCCACCUCCUCUGCCUUCACCCUCGGCGAUGAGUGCGGCGCUGCGUGGGAUCUCCUGCUACCUGAGAGAGUGGGAGACCGAGCAGCAGAGGAGUCUGGAGGAGAGGGGCCGCUUGUUGCUCUGCCUGCAGUACCUCCCCCCGGCCACCGAGGGCGAGGUCAAGGAGCGGGCCCAUGGUGGCCUGUGUGUCGGCGUCAAACGCUGUGCCCACCUGGCAGCCAUGGACGUCAAUGGCUUCUCUGACCCCUACGUUAAAACGUAUCUCAAGCCAGACGUGCACAAGAAAUCCAAGCACAAAACAGCGGUGAUAAAAAAGACUCUUAACCCCGAGUUUAAUGAGGAGUUCUUCUACGAGAUUUCCUUCUCAGAGUUGUCCACCAAGACCUUGGAGGUCACAGUGUGGGACUACGACCUGGGAAAGUCCAACGACUUCAUAGGGGGCAUUUCCUUAGGAUGUCACUCACAGGGAGAAACCCUCCAACACUGGAUAGACUGUCUGAAGAACAAGGGCAAGAAGGUGGAGCGCUGGCACACGCUGACCAAUGAGCUGCCUGGAUCCUCGUUGCACGAAUAA